AUGUCCGGCCAAGCUUCCACCAAUAACAACUCCACCAACUCUUACUCCUCCUCCCCUUCCUCCAACAGCACCAGUAGCAACUCUGUCAACUACUCCGCCUACAAAAGCACGUACGGCUCCGCCAACGGCAACACCCCCAUCGAUCGAUACAAGGGCCAGAGUCGCUACGAAGAAGGAUGGAAUCCCCAUCAUGUUACUAGUGGUGGGAGCGGGAGCGGGGGUGGAUAUGGUGGAGGUUAUGGGAAGAAGUGA